CCGGUGCAUCAUGGGAUACAAAAUGUCUCCUAAGAGUGCUGGCUAAUGCUAAUUUACGAGCGAUAACUGCGAAUAGAUAUACAUUUUACCCCUUUUCCAGCUGUCAAAUUGUCAUAAUAAAUAAAUAUAUGAUACAUUAACUGUAUUCUGCUUUCGAAAUGUCAACGAAAGCGGAGUCCAGAGUGUCAAGCUCCAGCUCCCGAGCAGAUGAAAGGAGGAGAUCAACGAGCUCAGGUCGAGAAAAAACUAAGCGUAAACGCAGCCGUAGUAGAUCUUCCUCGUCGUCCUCUUCCAGGUCAUCUUCGUCAUCUUCAUCAUCGUCGUCCUCUUCUUCAUCGGGUUCAUCCCACUCAUCCAGCCACAGUCAGAGUAGCUCUAGCAGUAGCGACUCCCGCAGUAAAUCCAGAAAGCAGUCUAAGAAAAGGAAAAAGGAUAAACAACCAAAAAAACCGAAAGGGAAGAAAGAGAAGCGACACAAACGUAAAAAAGACAAGAAAGUAAAAGGAGGAGAAGAAAACGUGGGACCUGUACAAAUCUCCAAGUAUUUGAAUGACAAGAAAAAGGGCAAGUACAGCAUGAUUUCAGGGAAGAAGAUAAAGAUGAAAGUAAAAAAGUCAAAGAAAGAUAAACAGCGGGAUAAAAACCGAGCACAACUUCUUGAGUUCUUGAACUCUACCCUGUGAUGCCAUUGUCGACGGCAGUGGUGGUGGUGCUCGGAAAUGUCAGCAGAACUCAGGAAAUAACCUUCCAGGACAACAACAAUGAAGAGUUUUCUGAGAAAAAAUGAUGAAUAUGACUUGCAUUGACGCACAAGGGCAGCACACGGCAUGAUGGAGUAAAGGAGCUGUAUCUCUUGCAAUGAAGAGAUGCGUUCAGACCACCAGCUUCAUUUUCAUGGCACUGCCCAGGUGGCCAAUUCUUCAUCUUAGUCUGAUAGCUUUUGUGAUAUGAGAAGUGUUUAUGUUGAGCAGUGUCAUCCAAAAAUGUUAUCUGUAAUCAACUACAUCAGAUGAAGGCCAGUGACUGCCAGCGAUCGGCUUCUCAACUUUGUUUGUGGUCACCCCUUUAAAAGUGUACUCCACCGAUUGAGCAUUUUACCCCUAUAACAUUGUCAGACUCAGAAUGGACCAGAAAUAUUGUCUUUUUUAUUCCACGUAUUUUUCUUCCUUGUCGAAAACCAGGCGUCUACAUUACCCACAAUGAAGUGUGAGUGCCGACAGUUCGGCCGGACAUUCGGGUGUGUUACGGUAGUAGCGGCUAAUAUAGCCUCGAGCCGCUAUCCUCAAACAGAGCUGAGGAGCGGACUACAGAGGUCUGGUAAGCUCACUUCUUUCUAACUCAACACCCCCAUAAUUUAAAAUUUUCAAACUUGUAACAAACUUGUAGUCUUCCACGUUGACUCAAAAUAGACAUCACUUGAGGCAAUUUAACAGACUUAAGUAGCUCCCUCUGGAGCCACAAAAGGCUUUACACUAAACUAUCACUCUCAAAUAUUCAGUAGUCUGUUUACAGUAGUAACCUGUAAACAGACUUUGAUGUGUAAAAUUGAUUCCCCUUUAAAGUUUGAAAUAUGUAUCUACCUGCUGGUUCUGUCAAUCAUUUAUGUCAACUACAUGUAGGACCACCCAUACUUUUUAUUUUUUUGUAGAUAUCUAACUGUUAUGUUUCCACAGUUAAUGUUGGCUGUGGUAGCCACGGCAUUAUCAGUGUGUACUGAUGUUUAAUUGUUUAUAUUAAUUUGUUUAAAAUUAUAUGAAAAUUAGCUCUGCAUUUUUUGACAGUAUUCUUUUCUCCAAAUUCAGGUAUGAAUAUUAUACAAUUUAAUUAAACUGAAAUACAAAAUACAAUUACUGUUCAUCCCCCUGUAUCAAUCCAGUUUAAAGCUUUUUAUGGAUGAUGGCGUAAACCUGUUGUGUACUGCUGAAUUUUGAUGUGUGACAAACAAAGAAAAGAAACGGCAAUAAACUGCUGGAAAGACUUUACUUCA